AUGGCGAUCAACUGGAUCCUCCUCAUUAGCCGUCAAGGCAAGGUGCGUCUUGCCAAAUGGUUCACCACCAUGUCGCCCAAGGCGAAGCUCAAGAUCACCAAGGAUGUCACACAGCUCGUUCUCGCGAGGCGGACACGGAUGUGCAACUUCCUCGAGUACAAGGACAGCAAGGUGGUGUAUAGGAGAUAUGCAUCGCUCUUCUUCGUGACGGGCAUCAGUCAGGGCGACAACGAGCUGGUGACGCUCGAGAUCAUCCACAGAUACGUCGAGGUUCUCGACCGAUACUUUGGCAAUGUCUGCGAGCUGGAUCUCAUCUUCAACUUUCAAAAGGCGUACGCUAUUCUUGACGAAUUGAUCAUCGCAGGCGAGAUGCAAGAGUCGUCAAAGAAGUCGGUCUUGCGGACAGUCAGUCAGAGCGACGCAAUCGAAGAAGCAGAGCAAUCAGAAGACUCGCUGGCAAGAAUCGGCAGCAGAUCAGGCUAG